AUGGCACUUUCCUCCAAGUCACUGGCUGGCUCGGGCUAUGUCAUUCUCAACGUGUUGAAAGGCAUGAACAUUACUGGAUUGCUUGCCGUCAUUGCUGCAAGCGUCCUCAUGCUCAUCAAGACAACCACUGAUUCAAGCUUCUUCUUCUUCGAUGCCGUCAUCCACGUUGUGGUAGCAUCUGUGGCCAUAUUCCUGAUCAUCUCAGAAGUCGGUAUCUUCAGUGGCUACUUUUCACGCAAUUGGCCGAUGCUCAGUCUGGAACACGGUUUCGUCGGCCUUGCUUCAAUCAUGAUCAUUCUCGGUAUCCAUGUCCUCGCAUGCCUGAACAAGCCAAGCAACAGCCAGGAACACCUAGGCAUGGCAUUCUGGCGUGUCGUCAUCAUGGCUGGCAUCCUCAUCUUUAUCCUCGGAUUCCUCAAUCUCGUUGCAACCUUUGUAUUCCGAGACAGAAGCCAGGGCAUUACAGCACGUCAAGUGCGGGCCCGAGGAGCU